GCGUUUCACAGAAAGAGCAUGGCUGAAAGCCAUUCCAGCCGAGGAGUUUGAAGAGGAAGAUAUUGGAAACCCAUCAAGAAGCGCAUCAAGAUUGAUUGUUUUUCCUUGACCUGUCUCCAAACGACUUCAGUUCGCCAUCAUCGGUGGAGGCCGUGCGUUUGAUGAUGAUGCUCACCUCGACGAACGGAACCCAAAUCACAAAUAAACCUCGUCAUGCCGUACGAUGGCACCAUACCCGAGGCAGGCCGGUUUCCUCUAUCGCAGAUAAGGGAGCAACUUCGACACAUCUCCCAAAACCAGGAGAACUUGAACGAUGCAAGGGAAGAACUUCUUGUUGAGCGCUCCGCGGUUCAAUCCCGUGGGAAGCGAUUACGCGCGCAGCGUAUUCGCACUCGAAAUGCAGAGGCGGCUUUUAUGACAGCCGCUCGUGACUUCUAUAAGGAGGCGGGUUGUGCCUUCCCCCUCGCUCUCUCUGCCGCCUAUGAAACGGUAAAAGCGGAGGACGACAAGCUGGGCACCAUGGAAGUCGAAUACUCUGAGAAGGAAGAGGCCCUGGGGGGAAAGGAAUGGGAGUUCAGUGAGCAGGAGACAUCCUUCUAUCAAUAUGACCUCCAAGAGCUUAUUGGAAGAACCCUUACUUAUGAACACGACUAUGACGGGAAACAAGCACCUCAGACUGAUGCGAACACCACCCUACCGCUGCUUCUCUUCUGUCAGUUUCAGGAGACGGUAUCACGGCAUGGCCAGUUGAUGAGGCGUUUUAACGCUUUGCGAGACCGCCAGGCUGGGCUGCUGGAAACCCGAGAUGAUCUAACCCUGGAGUCGCCCUACGUGCGUUUUUUCGACGAAUACAGUCAGAUAUUGUCCGAUAUCAUGGAUUGCGAUGUCAAGAUUGGUCAGCUGAAGCAGGAGUUAAUGCGUCAUGGUAUUCCAGCACCCAUGAUCUUAUCACCGGGUUCCGCCGCUUCCCUGGAUUGGGAGAAACUGCAGAAGCAAAUGCCGCCAAACUCUCUUCUCGAUGGAUCGGUGCCGAACUCCCUGUAUGGCUUCCCAAUAAGUAGUCGGGUUCCCGAGUGGUUAUUAAGCUGCAUGAAAGGCAGUGCUUUGGAAAGAAGAAGCUUUCUUAACAUUCUGGAGGAGAGAUUGGGCCUGCCGGAAGGGUCUCAGACGCAAUACGACUGGUGGGACGAUUGUGUUACUCGGCUGUGGCUUUCAGACAGCAGUGCCCACUUCAUCCAGCCUGAAGAAGACCUACGGUCUCCAACAGAGGAAAGUGGGCAGUACAAAGACGUCAAAAUUGAUCGGACGCUGGGAGUAGAACCUAUACGCCAGCAAGAGCAUGUGGAACCCCUGCGUCUCUUAGUACCCUCUCAUCCUUCUUGUACUACUUCCGACAUUGUGUUCGUCAAUGCAGUUCCUCAGCGUCAUCCGUCAAGACAGGGAGAAUCUGUGGAGAGGCGUGCCUUGCACGAGCCUCCGCGAGCGUUUUCUCAGAAACAUGUCCAAGAAGAGGAAUUGAUUCGACAACACGCUGCAAAAAGUAAAAACAACCAUACAGCGUCGGAAAUGUCGGCCGGAGAGCGUCGAGUUCUGCCCACCAUCCGGGUAGAACUCCGUCCUGAUGAACCUUCGGCAGCAGGAGAGUUCGGCCGCCAGUCACAGAUUGGCAUGGACGAAUGUGGGCUCAUGGACGAUCCGCAGCAAACUCCUAUCUCCCCAACAUCACCCAUUGAUAUCUCCGUGUAUCCAGCUUCUAAUAGCGGCCUUCUCCGUGUUCCAUUGGCUCCACGAUAUGACAGUUGUCAAGAAUCCGACAAUGAAGAGGCUCAGAUGAUGUGUCGGGCGCAAUCAAGGGUAAACGAACUCUGCGCUGAACCAGCGGCAACGACGGAAGCUGUCGCGAUUGGGAGGAAAACAGCUGUGACUUCAGCAGAGCCUCAUGAUGCGUCUCGGAGGGAAGACACGUCCAAAGGAACCGCACAUACACCAGAAGAUUGCUCAGGGUUGCGCCGACCUGCGCCAGAGCCACUCCUUGUAUGCAAGCCAGCAAUAUUGCAAGCACCUACGGUUGCCGAUAGAGGGAUCAUAAAAAUAGAUGCAUUGAUCAAGCAAAGGCAGCAUCAAAUCAAGGGUCGCAAGUGCUUGAGCCCUCAGCAACUUGCUACUCCAAUCAAUCGACCAAAAUCCGUAUCCGAAACGCCUACACGAGCUCGAGAACCACAUGGACAACUCCAAGUGCCACUUCAGCAACAGCACCGGCGUAGCAAGAGUGAUAACUUGAUUCACUUCAACCGGGAGGAGUUCUGGAAAGGAGUAACUUCCGUAAGUUUGAGAUAUACCCACUGUCUGUGCAAAUAGUAGCUCAAUAGCCUUAAACACAGAGCUUUACGCACACCCUUGAAGCUCGUUGAGCUUUUACAAUCCCACCGUCGGCAUGGCUUCGCGGUGGAAACGACUGGGUUUCACUACGCCAGCAACUCUCUCCUCUGGCCCUUCCAUCAGUAGACUUAAUAGAAUGAUACAGUCAGGCCCUGAUUUCUUAGGAUACCCCUUUCACUCCGCCCUCGAUUUCGGUAAUCAGUUAGAGCUAGUGUCUCUUUGGCACAUUCGUUUCGACAGAAGUACAUAUUGCAGUAACUAUUUUACCGUCUCUUACCA